ACCAGUGCUCUGUUGUUCAGUACAAAUUGAAGGGAUACCGCAUCGUGAACAAGUUACAGAUAUAAUAUCAAUAAUCGGAUCCAAUAUAACCAGAGUUUUGAUAAUAUUUGGGACGCGUGAAUGUGGGGCAGUUUCGGGUGUCCGGAGGUUUGUUUUGAAGUAAACUAUGCUAGCACGGCUAGCUAACUAGCCAGCGUCUCGUCGCCUCCUCUUCACAGGUUUCUGCUCUUGAGUCUGCCAGGCUUGUGCUAGAGGCAGCGAGGCCAGCAAAUUAAUGCCAUCAGCCAGGAACUCAGGUCAUAUUAUGAGCGGGGCGAGUUGCAAAGCUAACGGCGCCGUUUACCCUGCCUCAUCAGCGAUGAUGAACUCUGUAAAAAAGCCGAAGAUGGAGCAGAUUCAGGCCGACCAUGAGCUGUUCCUACAGGCCUUUGAAAAACCAACUCAGAUAUACAGAUUUCUACGCACAAGGAAUUUGAUUGCACCCAUAUUUUUGCACAGGACGCUCACUUUCAUGUCUCACAGAAAUGGACGAACAAACACCAGAAGGAAAACAUUCAAAGUGGACGAUAUGUUGCAGACAGUGGUGAAGAUGAAGGGAGAGCAGGAUUCUCCAAGCUUGUCCUCACAUCUACAGUUAACAUUCACUGGGUUCUUCCAUAAGGAUGAAAAGCCAUCUCAGAAUUCAGAAAAUGAACAAAAUUCUGUGUCCUUAGAGGUGCUACUUGUCAAAGUCUGCCAUAAAAAACGCAAGGAUGUCAGUUGCCCGAUAAAGCAAGUGCCUACAGGUAAAAAGCAGGUGCCUUUGAAUCCUGACAGUAACCAAACCAAGCCUGGCUCCUACCCUUCCCUACUGGUUCCCAGCAACGAGUUUGAGCCCAGCAACAGCCACAUGGUGAAAUCCUACUCGCUUCUGUUCAGGGUAUCGCGCACAGGGAGAAGGGAUACCAAUGGUCUGGUCAAUGGAGAGGCGAACGAAAACAUUGAAUUAACAGAUACUCCUACUAGAAAGAAGCGAAGUUCAUCCCAUAGGGAUGAAGGAGAGACCACAGAGACCUAUGUUGCACAAAUGACUGUCUUUGAUAAGAAUAGGAGACUGCAGCUGUUGGAUGGGGAGUACGAGGUGUCAAUGCAAGGGAUGGAUGACAGCCCUGUGAGCAAGAAGCGAGCCACGUGGGAAACCAUUCUUGAUGGGAAGAGACUGCCACCAUUUGAGACAUUUUCUCAGGGACCCACAUUGCAGUUCACGCUGCGUUGGACAGGUGAUGCCAGCGGAAAGUCCACUGCACCUGUGGCUAAACCCCUCUCUACACGUAACUCUGACAGCUCCAGUCCUAUGGAGACCAGGACCAGCAACCACCGAACUGCCCUCAUGACAGUGAAAGAGUCAGUCAGCACAGACAUUCAGACGAAGAAAGAGCAGGUCCCAUGUGAGCCGCGACAGAAGCUACGUAUAUUUUAUCAGUUUCUGUACAACAAUAAUACGCGGCAGCAGACGGAGGCGAGGGAUGAUCUUCACUGUCCCUGGUGUACCUUGAAUUGCAGCAAACUCUACAGCCUGCUGAAACACCUCAAACUCUCCCACUCGCGCUUCAUCUUCAACUAUGUGCCUCACCCCAAAGGAGCAAGGAUAGAUGUGUCCAUCAAUGAGUGCUAUGAUGGCUCAUAUGUUGGUAACCCUCAGGACAUUCACAGCCAGCCAGGUUUUGCUUUCAGCCGCAACGGCCCAGUCAAAAGGACUGCUGUGACUCAUGUACUGGUUUCCAGGCCCAAGAGGACCAAACCAAGUCUUUCAGAGUUCCUGGAGUCUGAGGACGGCGAGUUGGAGCAGCAGAGGACCUACGUCAGUGGACAUAACCGGCUCUACUUCCACAGUGAUAGCUGUAUGCCCCUGCGGCCUCAGGAAAUGGAUGUAGACAGCGAGGACGAAAGGGAUCCGGAGUGGCUCAGAGAGAAAACUGCCACGCAAUUGGACGAGUUCACAGACGUCAAUGAAGGAGAGAAGGAGGUGAUGAAGCUGUGGAACCUGCAUGUCAUGAAGCAUGGCUUCAUCGCAGACAACCAGAUGAAUCAGGCCAUCAUGCUUUUUGUGGAGAACCGUGGUGCUCACAUCAUCCGCCGCAACCUCUGCCGCAACUUCCUCUUGCACCUAGUCAGCAUGCAUGACUUCAAUCUGGUGAGCACAACCACCAUUGACCGCGCGAUGGCCCAACUGCGACAGAUCCAAGAAGAGUUACCAGACAUUCAAGAGGAGCAGCAGGACCAGAGUCUGGUACUAGCAGGAGCCUGUAAUGGAAAUGCCGUCACCCCAGGCGGGGGAAAGCAGGGCAAGAGGACAAAAAGUGCUCUAACAGACUGAUGUAAACCUUUUUUUUUUUUUUUUUUUUUUUUUUUUACUUUUUCCCUUCCCCACCCCCUCUUAAAUGGACUUUACAGACCCUUUGGUGCUUAGAUAGGUGGGAGUACUGAGCAGCAGAUGAACUGACCGGACACAGAUCAGUAUACAAGGUAAACAAGUUUUUGGAACUUGAACUGAACCAAAUAUGAACAAUAUAAAAGUGAAUCACCAACGUCUACACAAACCAGGAAUUUGAGGACUGAAUGAUGUAAGUUGAACCUACUUAAUAUGCAUUUUGUAGGAGCCAAUGAAGUAUCAUAGUGUCACCGAGAGUAAACAAACAAAAGAGUCUUUCCUAAGGUGGCACGACUGUCUUUGGCAUGUCCUUGUGAUAGACGGCCGUAUCAAGGCUACAGUUAAAACUGUACUGGUAACAUUGUCACUGUUUAUUUGUACACGUACACAAUAACCUUGAUUAAAAAUGUAUCCUUUUUAGAUGGUUAUUUUAGCACUUGGUGUUUGUAUUUAGAAGGCUUACCUUGAAAUUGUCAUUUAAAAAAAAAAAAAAAAAAAUGUGCUGCACCAACUCUUAAAUGCAGCUUUUCCACAAUCAUCUGUGGAGGGUUGGAUUUCACUGCUGUGAACGACACUUCAAAUGAAGGGCGAUACACUUAAAAUUUGAAACUUGUUAGGAACCUGUUGUGGAGUGUGGGGUAUCCUGACAGGUUGUCACGAGAGUAGGGUUAUCCUGGACUAGUGAAUAAAGUCAGAUUUCAGUCCAGGCUAAAAAAAAAAAAAAAAAAAA